AUGGACGAAGAGUAUAAAGACCAAUUACCUCAAACGAUUGAAGAUAAAGUCUCUAAUGAUGGAACAGAAGAAAGAAUAUUAGCAUUUCAAAACGAAUUUCAAGAUAUUUUUCCAAAAUUGGCUGAUUCAUUCCAUCUAAAGGAUCCAAAAUCAUUUGACUAUUAUACAAAACAACUUUUAAGCAUCAUGACUCCAGAAAACCAAGAUAUUUUCGAAUUCAUAUUAGAUUCUGAUUUACUAUCGUUUAUUAUCAGCAUUUUAGCUGGGCCAUUCUCGCCGUUUACAUGCAAUUCUUUACAAUUACUAGAAUCAAUCUUAAACGACUCCAGAAUUGGAACAUAUGAAAUUAUUAUCAACGACAAAGAAAUGCCAGGAAUAGUUCAUGAAAAUCUACUCUCUGAUGAUAUUGAUAUUAUCGGCUUUACGCUGGUCUUAAUUAACAAAUUAUUCGAAAAAUCCAAAGAAUUUCAAUUGGAAUGCCCCUUUAACAUGGAAAUGGAGUAUGUAAAAAGUAUUCAACGAUUUCCAGAGUUAACUCAGCAACUAAUUUACACUUUUACUACUAUAAUUAAGCUUACAAUUAAUGGUUCACAGUUAUAUGAUUCAAUUCUUGUUUCAAGAAUGAUAUUAACGCAAAACCAUGAUAUAUCCGGAAUUAUUGAUGAAUAUUCACAUAGAUUGAAGGAAGAAAACGAGAUUUUUGAUAUAAUUAACUUUGAUGAUUUUGUAAUUGACUUUUUAUUACCAAUUGCAGCGAUAAAAAUAAAAGAAAUCGACGAAAAUGAUGAAGAACAAAAGGUUUUAUUGACAAAUUCUUAUUCUGCAUUGAAUUUUCUUUAUGUUUUGACAGAAAUUCUUUAUUCAACAAAAGGCGUAAUAGAAGAGUCAGCGAUUGAACUUCGACAGUCUAUGAUUAAGUGUAUAUUUUGUAUAAAUUGGGAUAUUUUAUUGACAAAUCAAUGGCCAGAAAAUCAUUUAAUUUUAAUCAUGAAACUUGCUACUUUUGUCAUAGAAAACCAUCAUAGAUUUAUAGAAAGUUUUGCAUCAUCACAGAUUAUUGAUAGUAUUCCUAGAUAUAUAGAACAUGGAUCAUAUGAUCUCAGAUUUUCUACUCUGAAAUUUGUAGAAAAGCUAUUUAAGACAGUUAUAAGGACAGAAGCAGAGAAAGUGAUAGGAGAUUUAAUAUGUCCUGAGUUCGCAGAACUUCUUUCUGAAUUUAUUCAAAAUGAUAUACCAGAAUUCCAAAAAGUUGUAAUUUUUGUUGUUUCUGAGUUCUGUGAAAAAGCAGAAAUACUAGGAAAACUAGAUCUUCUUCAGAUCUUCGACAAUCAAGAUGUCUACGACUCUCUUGAUGAAUUAAUUGAUAAUGGUGAACUGGCCUUCUAUGUAAAUAACAUUAUACAAUUUGUUGAAAGCUCUCGAGUUUUAUGGGAAAAAUAA